CUUCUUUUUUCACGUCCUCUUCUCCAUCAGUGGAUGAAAGGAUCAACUCUGGGCCAUGAGUCUGUCCCUAUUCCUGGUUUUUGUCUCUGUCAUUCCCGUUGCUGUGCAGCUAUUGGACACUAGGCAGUUUUUAAUCUACAAUGAGGAUCACAAGCGCUGUGUGGAAGCAAUAAAUCCCAGUGCAGUCCAAACUGCAGUAUGCAACCCGAAUGCUGAAUCACAGAAGUUCCGAUGGGUAUCCGAAUCCCAGGUUAUGAGUGUUGCUUUUAAAUUAUGCUUGGGGGUGCCAUCCAAAACGGAUUGGGUUCCUGUCACUCUAUUUGCCUGUGACUCGAAAAGCCAACUUCAGAAAUGGGAGUGCAAAAAUGACACACUUUUUGGGAUCAAGGAUGAAGAUUUGUUUUUCAACUAUGGCAAUAGACAAGAAAAGAAUAUUAUGCUUUACAAGGGAUCUGGUUUAUGGAGCAGAUGGAAGAUCUAUGGAACCCCAGAUCAUCUAUGCUCUAGAGGUUAUGAAGCUUUGUACACGCUGCUGGGCAAUGCAAAUGGCGCCACCUGUGCAUUUCCAUUCAAGUUUGAAAACAAGUGGUACGCAGAUUGCACGAGUGCCGGGAGGUCAGAUGGAUGGCUCUGGUGUGGAACCACCACAGACUAUGACACCGAUAAGCUCUUUGGAUUCUGUCCAUUGAAAUUUGAGGGCAGUGCAAACUUAUGGACCAAAGAUCCGUUGACCAACGUUCUUUACCAGAUAAACUCCAAAUCUGCUUUGACUUGGCACCAGGCAAGGAAGAGCUGUCAACAACAGAAUGCUGAGCUCCUGAGUGUCACAGAGAUUCAUGAGCAAACAUACCUGACAGGACUAACCAGUUCCUUGACUUCAGGACUCUGGAUUGGGCUUAACAGUCUGAGUUUCACCACUGGUUGGCAGUGGAGUGGCGGCAGUCCAUUCCGAUAUUUGAACUGGUUACCAGGAAGCCCAUCAACUGAACCUGGAAAAAGCUGUGUGUCACUAAAUCCUGGAAAAAACGCUAAAUGGGAAAACCUGGAAUGUGUUCAGAAACUAGGCUACAUAUGUAAAAGGGGCAACAAUACUUUGGAUACUUUCAUUAUUCCUUCAGAAAGUGAUGUGCCUACUAAGUGUCCUAGUCAGUGGUGGCCAUAUGCAGGCAACUGUUACAAGAUUCACAGAGAACAGAAGAAAAUCCAGAGGGAUGCUUUGACUGCAUGUCGGAAGGAAGGUGGUGACCUUGCAAGUAUCCACAGCAUUGAGGAGUUUGAUUUCAUUUUCUCCCAGCUGGGAUAUGAGCCAAAUGAUGAGUUGUGGAUUGGCUUAAAUGACCUCAAGAUUCAAAUGUACUUUGAGUGGAGUGACGGGACCCCUGUAACAUUUACCAAAUGGCUUCGUGGAGAACCAAGCCAUGAGAACAACAGGCAGGAGGACUGCGUUGUGAUGAAGGGGAAGGAUGGGUACUGGGCAGAUAGGGCCUGUGAGAAGCCACUUGACUACAUCUGUAAGAUGAAAUCACAAACCCAAGCUCCAGAAACAGAGGAAGCAGAAACAGGCUGCCGGAAAGGCUGGAAAAGGCAUGGCUUUUACUGCUAUUUGAUUGGACAUACACUUUCAACAUUUACAGAAGCCAACCAAACAUGCCAAAAUGAGAAAGCUUAUUUGACAACUGUUGAAGACAGAUAUGAACAAGCAUUCCUGACUAGUUUGGUUGGAUUGAGGCCUGAAAAAUAUUUUUGGACAGGACUUUCGGAUAUACAAAACAAAGGGACCUUUCAGUGGACAGUGGAGGAGGAGGUGCGGUUCACCCACUGGAAUUCAGAUAUGCCAGGGCGAAAGGCAGGAUGUGUUGCCAUGAGAACUGGGCUUGCAGGGGGUUUAUGGGAUGUUUUGAAAUGUGAUGAAAAAGCAAAAUUUGUGUGCAAGCACUGGGCAGAAGGAGUAACUCGGCCACCAGAGCCCACGACAACCCCUGAGCCCAAAUGUCCAGAGGAGUGGGGUUCCACCAGUAAAACAAGCUUGUGUUUCAAGCUGUUUGCAAAAGGAAAACAUGAGAAGAAAACGUGGUUUGAAUCUCGAGAUUUUUGUAGAGCUCUGGGUGGAGAGCUAGCCAGCAUCAAUAACAAAGAGGAGCAGCAAACAAUAUGGCGAUUAAUCACGACUAGUGGAAACUACCAUGAACUGUUUUGGCUUGGAUUGACGUAUGGAAGUCCUUCAGAGGGGUUCACCUGGAGUGAUGGUUCUCCUGUUUCAUAUGAAAACUGGGCUUAUGGAGAACCUAAUAAUUAUCAAAAUGUUGAGUAUUGUGGUGAGCUGAAGGGUGAGCCUGGUAUGUCCUGGAAUGAUAUUAACUGUGAACAUCUUAACAACUGGAUUUGCCAAAUACAAAAAGGAAAAACCUUACAACCAGAGCCAACACCGGCUCCUCAAGACAAUCCACCAGUCACUGAGGAUGGGUGGGUUAUUUACAAAGACUACCAGUAUUAUUUUAGCAAAGAGAAGGAAACCAUGGACAAUGCCCGAGCAUUUUGCAAGAGGAAUUUCGGUGAUCUCGUUUCUAUUAAAAGUGAAAGUGAAAAGAAGUUUCUAUGGAAAUAUAUAAACAGGAAUGGUGCACAGACACCAUAUUUUAUUGGUUUAUUGAUCAGCUUGGAUAAGAAGUUUACUUGGAUGGAUGGAAGUAAAGUGGAUUAUGUGGCUUGGGCCACAGGUGAACCCAAUUUUGCAAAUGAGGAUGAAAACUGUGUAACCAUGUAUACAACUUCAGGGUUUUGGAAUGACAUUAACUGUGGCUAUCCAAAUGCCUUCAUUUGCCAACGACACAACAGCAGCAUUAAUGCCACUGUUAUGCCUACUUCGCCCCCGAGUCCAGGUGGCUGUAAAGAAGGUUGGAGUUGGUACAAUAAUAAGUGUUUCAAAAUCUUUGGAUUUGCUGAAGAAGAAAGAAAAAAUUGGCAAGAGGCACGAAAAACUUGCAUAGGAUUUAAAGGAAAUUUAGUAUCCAUACGCAAUGAAAAAGAGCAAGCAUUUCUUACCCAUCUCAUGAAGGACUCCACUUUUAAUGCCUGGACUGGGCUGAAUGAUGUGAAUUCAGAGCACACGUUCCUUUGGACAGAUGGGCGAGGAGUUCAUUAUACAAACUGGGGGAAAGGUUACCCUGGUGGAAGAAGAAGCAGUCUUUCUUAUGAAGAUGCCGACUGUGUUGUUAUCAUUGGAGGCAAAUCAAGAGAUGCAGGAAUGUGGAUGGAUGAUACCUGUGACAGUAAGCGAGGCUACAUAUGCCAGACUGAGCCUGACCCUUCUUUGCCUUAUUCUCCAUCACCAACCCCAAAGGGUGGCUUUAUUAAAUAUGGUGAAAGCAGCUAUGCACUCAUGAAAUUGAAGUUAACAUGGUAUGAUGCCGAGAAAUAUUGCAAGAAUUCCGAUUCUCUCAUUUCUAGUAUUCUGGAUCCCUACAGCAAUGCAUUUGCAUGGAUGCAGAUGCAUGCGUUUAAUGUACCUGUGUGGAUUGCUCUGAACAGUAAUUUGACCAAUAAUGAAUAUGUUUGGACUGAUAAAUGGAGGAUGAGGUACACUAAUUGGGCAGCUGAUGAGCCAAAGAUGAAAUCAGCAUGUGUUUACCUGGAUGUUGAUGGUUACUGGAAGACAUCAUACUGCAACGAAAGUUUUUACUUUCUCUGCAAAAGAUCAGAUGAAAUACCUGCCACUGAACCCCCACAACUGCCUGGAAGAUGUCCAGAGUCAGAGCACUCUGCAUGGAUUCCUUUCCAUGGUCACUGCUACUAUAUUGAGUCUUCAUUUACAAGGAACUGGGGUCAAGCUUCUCUGGAGUGUCUUCGAAUGGGUUCCACUCUGGUUUCCAUUGAAAAUGCUGCUGAAUCCAGUUUUCUGUCAUAUCGGGUUGAACCUCUUAAAAGUAAAACCAAUUUUUGGAUAGGACUGUUCAGAAAUGUUGAAGGGAUGUGGCUCUGGAUAAACAACAAUCCAGUUUCCUUUGUCAACUGGAAUACUGGAGAUCCCUCUGGUGAACGGAAUGAUUGUGUAGCUGUAGACGCAUCUUCUGGGUUUUGGAAUAAUAUUCACUGUUCUUCCUACAAAGGAUAUAUUUGUAAAAGACCAAAAAUUGUUGAUGCUGAACCUACUCAUACAUUAACGACAACAAAAGUUAUACCUGACUCAAGGAAGAUGGAACCUUCCAAACCGUCUUCCAACGUGGCAGGAGCUGUGGUCUUUGUGAUCCUCCUGAUUCUAGUGGGUGCUGGCAUUGCUGCCUAUUUCUUGCAUAAGAAAAGACGUGUGCACCUACCUCAACAGGGCACCUUUGAGAACACUCUGUAUUUUAACAGUCAAUCGAGCCCAGGAACCAGUGAUAUGAAAGAUCUCAUGAGCAACAUUGAACAGAAUGAACACGUGGUCAUCUAGUAUUAUAAUGUGAUUUUGUUAUGUUUGAAUUUAAAAAAAUUUGUUACUAAAGUUUUAAAUUCUUUAAUUCAA